GCCGCCAUAUUGAUGACGAAACAGACGUAUGACGAAAGAUUGAGCUUAGGAAUUCUAGACUUUUUAACCUUUUCUCCGUAGUUUAUUGCAGCUAUUUCUGAGGUAACUUAAGUCAUUUUUUUCUGUUGAAUCAAUUGAUAUUAAUGAAAGUUUUAAAAAAUAAUUUCUUAUAUCGAUUUCGGCGAAUGUUUCCCGCGUAUGCUAAGUAGGUCAAAAAUAUGGCGAUGCUUUACCUGAUUUUGGCAGCAAAAAUGUCCUUAAUGUAUAAUCUAAUCCAAUAAAAUUGUUAAUUUAAACUUUUUCGGCUUGAUAUCGAAGUGAAGAGAGUAAAGUCUGUCGAUUGCAGUGAUCUGAUCGUAAAAUAUAUAUAUUGCGCAACAUUUUGAAAAGCAGAGAUGUCGCAAUAAUGUUAUUUCACUUUUUAUUUCGUAGAAAGAUCGUAACUUCAUCACUAUUUAUAUGGCACCAAUGAAGAAAGCGGCAGCUGGAUUAGCCUCUCCGGAUAAAGAGAGCAACGAAUACAAAAUGAAAAGAGAGCGAAACAACAUAGCAGUAAGAAAGAGUCGAAUGAAAAGUCGAAUGAAACAGAAAGAAACUAAUCUUCGUGUUGAAGAAUUAAAGAAAGAAAAUGAAGAAUUGGAAGAGAGAAUUAAAUUAUUAUCUAAAGAACUUGGAGUUCUAAAGGAUUUAUUUUUGGCCUACGCAGGAAAUAAUGUUUCAGCGGUUGAUGAAGCUAAAAAUAUUGUUAGGAACGAUCAUGAAUAUUCGGCUCCGGUCAAACGUUAA